UUUCUAUACCAAGAGCGGUAACCCCGAGCUACACUCGGGCUUACCAUGCGGCGCUGCAUAGGGAGUCCCUGCAGCACUUACCUUGUCCUUCGCUCCCGUGAUGUGUCCCCUGCAGCGUCCCCGGCCAUCUCCUCCUGGCCGAUGCCGGCAUCCGCCUCCUGUGUUUCGGUCCCUGGGACGUCGGGACGUACAGGCAGCGGCGGGAAAUUUGAAAAUUUAAAAAAAGUAAUUUUUUUUCAAAACGAUUUUACAUAUGCUUUGUCCGGCGCCCUGCCUACAUUUUGACUGUUCUUUCUG